AAUCACCUCCUCCUCAAAACCCCUUCCUAAUAAAAAGUCUAACCCUAAACACCAUUUCUCUGAUAAGGAUCAAAGCAAGCGACAUCAUCCGUUGGAUUUGAAUACCUUGAAAGGCCAUGGUGAUGUAGUUACAGGGCUAAGCUUCUCUCCAGAUGGACGCAACUUAGCAACAACUUGUGCUGAUGGAGUGGUGAGAGUAUUCAAGUUGGAGGAUGCUUCGAGUAAAAGUUUCAAGUUCCAUAGAAUUAAUUUACCUCCUGGAGGUCAUCCAACUGCAGUUACGUUUUCUGAUGAUGCAUCCUCCAUUGUAGUGUCAUCACACAGUCUCACUGGUUGUUUAUUGUACAUGUAUGCUGAAGAGAAACCUAAAGCUUCUGAAGAUAAGCCACAAACAAAGCUUCCUCUCCCAGAGAUUAAGUGGGAACAUCACAAAGUUCAUGAUAAAAAAGCAAUAAUUACUAUGUUUGGAACCUCCGCCACUUAUGGCAGUGCUGAUGGAAGUGCAUUAAUUGCUUCGUGUUCAGAAGGGACUGACAUCAUUCUUUGGCAUGGAAAAACUGGGAAGAGUUUGGGGCAUGUGGAUACAAAUCAACUUAAAAAUAACAUGGCUACUAUAUCUCCCAAUGGGCGCUUCAUUGCAGCUGCAGCGUUUACUGUAGAUGUUAAGGUCUGGGAGAUUGUAUAUGCAAAGGAUGGAUCUGUGAAGGAAGUUUCAAAUGUUAUGUAGCUUAAGGGGCACAAGAGUGCAGUGACUUGGUUAUGCUUUUCUCCAAACUCUGAGCAAAUAAUUACAGCAUCCAAGGAUGGUCCCUUGAGAAUAUGGAAUAUCAACGUUCGCUAUCAUAUGGAUGAGGAUCCCAAGACACUGAAGGUGUUCCCAAUUCCUCUUCGUGAUUCUACCGGCACUACA